AAUCGUUGUCACGACUCAUAUGGGCUUGGGCUUAAAACGAGAAGACGAUCUUGGAACAGCGAAGAAAUGGCUUGCGUUUGCUCCCCUUCCCUCCAUUUUACUGGCCCUUUUCCUUCAUCCCAGAAGACAACCAAAACAAGCCGCUUGAAUCCUCACUGUUCGCAAUCCCUAUCCACCGUCCGGAAUGAGUUCCCCACUAUGGAAGAAAUAGUGAGCUCGUGCAAGCAACAAAACCUUCAGAUGAGACUCCAAACUCUUGGUCCUUUCUUUAGGGUCACGGCGACCAAUAUCGCCACGGGCAACGAGGUGGGGAGAGCAGAGGGUGUUAUCAGGCUGUGGGUGGACGGUACCAUCCUCCACCUUGAUUCCAUCAGGUUGAAGAAGGAGACCUUGGGCAUGAAACGGUCUAUCUUUGGGCUGGGAUUGUUCGUCGGAGCCGUGGCAAUCCGGCACGGAUACGAUCAUGGUUGCCGGAAAGCAGAGUUACUGGCUGUCAAUGAUUCCGACGUUUUUCAUUCGAAGCUUGUCAGAUUCUACAGUAGAAUAGGGUUCAAGUCCGUGUAUGACGUGACUGGUUCAUCAAUGGGGGAUGUUACCCAUAUGUUGGUAUGGGGAGGUAGAGGUACCAGAAUGGAUGCUGAUAUUGAAGAGCUUAUGAUCAAAUGGGGUGCAAAGUUUAAAAACUCUACUUGAUCAACAGGUCUUCCUUUGGUGGAAUCAUGAAGAAGAUUGGCUCCUGACAUUGCUCAAAGUGAGUUCCAUUUGUGGUUUUGUAGUGCACCUCUUAUUUCAAUAUAAUGCAUGCUCUUUUGGGAAUUUCAUUUAUAAUAGCUGACACAAGGCCUUGAAUUGUUUAAUUGAAUUUUCUGAUGUAUCUGUCUUGAAGAUGCUCCAUAUUUUCUAAGUCGUGUCCAUACUGAAUUUGUUGCCAUUUCCACAUAGUUUUCAAGGAAGAACCAAGUUCAGCAUUUUGCUUACUGUUCUAUAACCUUGAUUAUAUUCUAUAUUGGGAGAAUGAAGGGAUCAAGUACGGAACUAAAUUUGCAAAAGAGAAAAAAAAAUGUCCUGUUUAAGGAAAAUAGCUCAUAGUUGCAUGUCCUUAUGACCUGGAUGGUUAUAGUCCAAAAGUCCAGCUCAUUGUCGGAUAAUCAUGUAAGAAAAAAUACUUAAGCUGUAAGAUAGAUUUUUGUAAAAACAAUUCUGGUAUCUAAUCUUUCUCUCGUAGGAGGACAUAAUGUUGCAGCUCUGAAGGAAGGACCUAAAAGAAUUUGUAGGUCAGUACCUUGUUGUCGCUGCAAGUGCCCUGCAAAAUUGAUCUUACAAGCGUAUCUAAUUUCUUUUAAUUGGAACGAACUUAGGCAUAACUAGGAGUCUUAACAUCAGUCUUUGGUUAGUCUAAAGCUCAUUGAGUUCCCUAAGCAAUUGAACUCCUAAAUAAGGUCCUAGCUAGCGUAUUAUAUGUAUCACUUGCAUUGUUGUUUUAGGUUCUUGUAACCCAAGAAAUGGGAUUAGUUGCAGACUUGAUGGAGGCAAAUAUCUUGUUUUACCUUAACUGCAAGAGAUUUUUUUUUUUCUUUUUAAUGUGCACUGGCAAUUUCGACCACUAAGGUUCUAGAGCUUUGCGAUCUCUUUUUGUUUGAUCAAGAUGCUUACAAGUCUUGGUGUCAACCCAACCUAGAAAGAGAAAAAAACUCCUGCUCCAGUUAAGGUUAGAAGUUUUGGUUUCUCUGUAGCUUAUGUCCUUCAGGCAUGAAGGAAGAUCGAUGAAGAGCUUCGUCCAGAAAAUCAGGCCCAGCUCCAAAGGAAGGACGUGAUGCAGAAAUCCGUCUCUUUUAUUAUGUGAUUGGGAUGAUAAACAAAAUCGGUUCCUUGAAGUAUCUGAUUGGAUUUAGAGUUGAUCAAUCUAAUUAUCUCAUCUUCCAAGUAUCAUAACAGAAAACUGUGUAAAAAAUGUGAAGUCAUCUGGUAAGUGUUCCAUAUUCUGAAUUUCCAAUAGAAUUACCAAAUGCAAAAUGAAAGAUUGAUGUUCACAUGUCCAGGUAUAGUUGAAGCACAAAAAAAUGAACCAAUAUGUGGAGUUUAUCAUAAUAUUCUGAUGAAAGUAAUUCAUGAAAAAUAGUUUAUAGUUCAUGACAAAUAGCUCAAAAUUCAUCUUGUCAUUUUUUUUCAUUAAUCAUUGUUUCCAUAGCUUUGCUCUGAUCUGACUUCGAAUUUUAGCUUUAGUUUAUUACAAUUUUUUUGUAAUUUCCCUUAUUUUGGGUCAUCUGCUGUAUUUCUUUUUCUGUUUCUCAUGUCUCUGUCUAUGUUUUUACAAACGAAGGAACAUCUUCAUGUGCAUUUUCCAUGUCUCUCUGUAUGUUUUUAAAAAUAAAGAAAAAUGUUCAUGUACUUAUCUGAAUUCAGCAUGAUAGUAUGUGUGUGUGUGUGUGUUUGUGGAAUGGGUUCAACCAGUCCCAUUUGAGUGUUUUCCGACCCUAUUUUAUCUCACUCUCACCUACUCUUUCUCUUUCCCCUUCUUCUUUCCAUUUUCUUUUACAAGCAUCCUUUCUACCAUAGCUGAUUGUGGGGAGGGAAAGGGACUUGAAAAUCCCCAUUUUAGAACUGGUUUUACUCAUUAUAUGUUAUACAUAUUGUACAUUCUUAAUCUGGGACAAUUUUGGUGCGACUUGUGAAUUUCUUGCAAAGAGAGCAUUAUAUUAGCUGGAUUGCUGUUUCUUGUAUCAUGUGCUAUUUGAUGUUUGAAAAUUUAUUGAAUUUGUCUUAUUGAGGAAUUAACUAUGUUUUCCUAGAAACUGUCUAAUAAAUGACUCUAUGGAAAAGGUCAAAAUUUCAAUACUCGGGUGUGCUUUUUGUUAUAUAAUAUAUUCCCGGUUUGCUGCUGAAGAAAAAUCAAGUGCUCAUUUGAAGAAAAUUUUACAUUAGCAUCGUAAAGGUUCUGGGCACAUUAUGUUAGUAGCGUUCUUACUCAAAUGCCUUUCCAGGCGUUUCUGUCUUGUGUCAUAAGAGGCUUGAUAUUAACCACCUUUACAACUUGCACCGAACAGAUUCUACGAUGAUGAAAAUUUUGAUGAAUUCUGCUCAUGCUUUGUUUUCAAAGUCAAAUGUUGAUCUGCACUAGGCUUUAUUGUUGGUUCUCAAUGUGAGAGGUUUGUGGUGGUUUAUCACCUUCAAAAAGCUUGGAUUGGACUUCAGUUUUGCAGCCUCCUAAAGAAAUACUGCCGUUCUGCCGAUCACAGGAUCUGUGCCAACAUUUGAGGACUGGUAUGUAUAUGACAGUUUGGCAGCAUUACAAGAAGUCAUCCCAAUCAUUUUUUCUAGUUUUAUGUUUGCUUUUGGUUCAUUUCUAUUGAAAUGUAUGAAUGUAUUCGCGUUGUGUAUAGAGAGCUCAAUAAGGUGACCUUUUUCACCAAUCAAAAUUUUCAUAGAUUUCCUAUCUCUGUACAGAUUUUGGAAGAAAAAGGUUCCGCAUAAAACAUUUUAUGUCUACCUUUAUUUCAGUCAUAAUUGGGGUAAAAUGAAGUUAGAUAAUCAUUAUAUAAAGUACUCGGAGCUGUCUAGUAAUUUGUUAAAUCAACGUCUGCUCAAUUCCAAGCUGAUAGGCAGCACGACAGCAGAAGUUAGUUUUGAGUUUAGGCUCAAAGCUGGAUCUGGGGAGUUACAGUAUCAAUUUUGAUUCUUGCUGUAGACAAGAACAGUCUACUCCAUCAAAAUAUAGUAAUGAUGUUCAGAAGUGCAUUUUUCUAAUGUCCCUGAACUCUGUCUCCGCUCCUGGCUUGGCAUGAUUCAUCUGCAUUUUUCCCACCUUAGUUGGAUAAUGUACCAACUUGGUAUUAUUUA